AUGACGGCCGAAAGGAAUCCCAAAGACUCGAUGAAGUCUACAUGGCGACGACUGGAUCGUUCCGACUGGACAUUUCACCACUGGUUCUAUGAAGUACUCGGGAUUCAUCCAGAGCAUCUCGACGCGGACAUCCCUGUUCAUGCCAAAGAAGAUGCGGUUCCCUAUGUCCCCGACUGGUCGAUGCAUCGCUGGGUCAUCACUCACGCCGUGAUUCCGAUUCUCCUGCAGCACGCCUACGUCCAAUAUACAGGUCACAACUUGGGCCCGAUCGCCGCAUUCGUGCUCUAUAGUGUUGCCUUCAAGGCCAUUGCCAUCCAUGAGCUGCAUGUGCUCCGACGCCUCGGACAUACGCACGGCUUUCUGGACGGCGACAGGCACGCUCGUGACGGGGUCCCUGACGUGGGUGUCGCCAAAGUGGUCCGGUCGCUCAUGUCGACCUCUACCUUCCGACCCAUGUUCACCGUCUUCUUUGCCUAUCGCACGGCCCAGGCCCCCUUGUCGAUGAGCUUUGCCUGGUUACCACUGGAAAUCGGCCUAUACGGCAUCAUCCUCGACUUUUGGUUCUACUGGUACCAUCGCGUGAUGCACGACUUCGACGGACUAUGGAAGUACCAUCGAACCCACCACUUGACCAAACACCCGAACCCACUCCUCACUCUCUAUGCCGACACCGAGCAGGAAUUCUUCGAUAUUGCCGGUAUCCCCCUGAUGACCUACUUCACGAUGAGGCUCAUGGGUAUGCCCAUCGGCUUCUACGAGUGGUGGAUCUGUCACCAGUACGUCGUGUUUGCAGAACUGGCUGGUCACUCGGGUCUUCGUGUCCAUGCUUCUCCGCCCUCGACCCUAAGCUGGCUCCUGCGCUGGUUCGACGCUGAACUUGUCAUUGAGGAUCAUGAUCUGCACCAUCGCAAGGGAUGGAAGAAGAGCCACAACUAUGGCAAACAGACUCGUCUGUGGGACCGCGUGUUUGGCACGUGCUGCGAUCGGAUCGAGUCGGUGCCGGCGAAUGUGGAUUAUGUCAAUCAAUCACCGAUGCCGUUAUAUUGA